GCCCUGUCCUCUGCGCCCCCCAUCUGUCCACACUCCAUCAUGUGCCACACCAGCUGCUCUUCAGGCUGCCCGAUGGCCUGCCCUGGCUCCCCAUGCUGCGUCCCCAGCACCUGCUACCCACCCCGGGGCUGUGGGACCUCCUGCUGCUGCUCAGCCCCCUGUGUGGCUCUGCUGUGCCGGCCCCUGUGUGGGGUGUCCACCUGCUGCCAGCCGGCUUGCUGUGUGCCCAGCCCCUGCCAGGUGGCCUGCUGUGUGUCCGUGAGCUGCAAGCCUGUUUUGUGUGUGGCUUCCUUCUGCUUAACCUCCGGGUGCUGCCAGCCCUCCUGCCCCACCCUGGUCUAUAGACCGGUCACCUGCAGCACCCCCACCUGCUGCUGAGUGAGUGGCCUCCUAGGACCCUUGUAGGUGUGAGGUCGGAAGCCAGCAGGCUCUCUG